CCGGCUAGAGUCAUGUUUCGGGCUGUGGCUUUGUUUUUAUUUUUUAGUUUAGCUUAUGCUAAACAUGAGAUUUACGAUGGCCAUCAAAUUUUCAAAGUCACCGUAAAAGAUCAUGACCAUGUCCUGCUGCUUAAAGACCUGGAGGAGGACUUCGGGCUGGACAUAUGGUCGGAAGCCACCCUGGACCAUCCAGGUGUGGUCAUGGUGUCAGGAGCCAGGAGCAAAAUGUUCCAGGAUCUGAUGGCAAGUGAGGGGAUACAGGCUGAGCUGGAAGUGGAAAAUGUGAAGGCUUUAUUGGAUUUGGAAGACAAAUUAUUCGGAAAUGCGUCAAGCAAGAACCGCACUUCUACUAAAGCAUCGGCUUUGCCUUUGAAUAAUGUCUACAGAUAUGAAGAGAUUGACGCAUAUUUGGAAGAAUUGGCUAGAGCAUACCCAAACGUUGUUACUUUGGUAAACGCCGGCAAAAGUUUCGAAGGCAGAGACAUCAAGUAUUUAAAGAUAUCUACCACUAACUUCCAGGAUACCAGCAAACCAGUAGUGUACAUGGAGUCUUUGCUACACGCCCGUGAAUGGAUCACGCAGUCAGCCACUCUGUAUGCGAUACAGAAGCUCGUCAUUGACGUUACUGAGCAAGACCUAGUUCAGAACAUCGACUGGAUCAUCCUGCCUAUUGCCAACCCUGACGGGUUCGAGUUCACGCAUACUGAUCAACGUUUAUGGAGAAAGAACCGUGCCCUGGGCUACAUGAUCGGGGACUUGUGCGCCGGAGUCGAUCUCAACCGCAACUUCGACGCUUUCUGGUCCGAAGCUUCCAGCAACAUCGUCUGCAUGGACACCUUCCACGGGAGAGCUCCCUUCUCAGAGCCAGAAACAGCUAUCAUCAGGAACAUCGUCGACGAGCAUAAAGACCGAUUGGAAUUGUUUCUCGACAUCCACAGUUUUGGCAGCAUGAUCUUAUAUGGCUACGGAAAUGGUGUUCUUCCAGCCAAUGGUCUGAAUCUUCAUGUUGUCGCCGUCCGCAUGGCUCAAGAGAUAGACGCUGUCAAAAUGAGUUGGAACAGCAACUAUAUCGUCGGUAACGUCGCUUUGGUGUUGUACGAAGCAUCAGGGUCUGCUAUGGACUAUGCGAAGGUUUCAGGAGUACCGUUGGCGUAUACGUUUGAACUGCCUGGUCACAGAUUUGGCUUUGGAACUGGUGCGGGAUUCUUUGUGGAUCCUGAUUUUAUUGAGCAGGCUGGAUUUGAGACCUGGGAAGGUAUUAAGGCAGGAGCUAGAAGCGCAGUGGCGAGCUACAGAGCAAAGCUUGAUGCCAAAUAAAUUUUAAUAUAAAGG